CGCUGAGGGACGCGCGCGCGGCCGCGCGGCGUCUGCGUGACGCGUGUGAUGACGUCAUAUCGACGUCACAGAGCAUCGGCGACGACAUGCCCGGUGUGGCGGCCGGGCCGGUGACGUCACGGGUGCUCGGGGGAGCCGCCAUGGCGGCCACGCCCCCAGAGCCGCCAUGGCAGAGCCUGGAGCAGCGCAGAGCCGCCGACAUCAUCCGCCUGCUGAGCCUCUACCGGCCCCUGCUCGACGCCUUCGUCAUUGAUUUCUUCACGGAGGACCUGUGGUCCCAGCUGCCCCCAUCCUGGCAGCCUGCCCUGGCCGGUGCCACCCCAGAGCAGCUGGCCGGGUUCCUGGGGGGCCGGGGGAGCCCGGGGGCAGCCUGGCCGCUGUCCCUGCUGGCAUUUGGGGCCGCUGCCCGUGCCCUGGCCUUCCCCCGGGGCUGCCCGGGACCGGCCCCGCGCCCGCCGUGCCAGAGCUGCCGCCUGCCCCCGCUGCUGCGCCGCCACGUCAAACCCAAAAAGCAGCACGAGAUCCAGCGCCUGGGCAAGCUGCUGCGGAGGCUGAGCCGCGCCACCGGCUGCGAGCACGUGGUGGAUGUUGGAGCGGGGCAGGGCCACCUGUCCCGGUUCCUGUCCUUCGCCCUGGGGCUCAGGGUCACCGCCGUGGAGAGCGAUGCCCGCCUGUCGGCCCUGGCCGAGCGCUUUGACCAGGAGCUGCUGCAGGAGCUGGCCAAACCCAGAGCCCUGGCACACAGGGGAGCCCCCCCGUGCCCACCCCGUGCCCCCCAGCACAUCCCCGGCCGCCUGGACCCCACAGCCCCCUGGGGGGAGCUCCUGCUGCCCCCCGACCCGCCGGGAGCCGGCCCUGCUGCCCGCAACCCUUUGGGGGGCCCGGGGGGCUCCGAGGACGGGCACAGGGUGCUGGUGACAGGGCUGCACGCCUGCGGGGACCUCGGGCCUGCCCUGCUGUGCCACUUUGCCCGCAGCCCCGCCGUGGCUGCCGUGGCAUUGGUGGGCUGCUGCUACAUGAAGCUGUCGAGCGCCCCAGAGCAGCAGCAGCAGCACCUUGGGUACCCGCUGAGCACCUCGGUGGCAGCGCUGCCAGGCCACCAGCUGUCCUACCGGGCACGGGAGGCGGCGUGCCACGCUCUGGAGGAGUACCAGGCACGGCUGAGAGAGGGCAGUGCCCACCUGCGUGCCCACUGCUACCGCGCCGUGCUGGAGAGCGUGAUCCGCGCCGCUGAGCCCGGCAAGAGGCACCUGGGGCUGCAGCCUGGCAGGAGGGCACACAGCCUGAGCUUCACACAAUACGCCCAGCUGGGGCUGCCCCUGGCAGGACUGGACCCAGAGGGGGUCCCACUGGACUCGGUGGCUGUGGGGGCCAUGCUGGAGCAGCAGCACAAGGUGGUGGCAUUCUGCACCCUGGGGCAGCUCCUGGCACCCCUUGUGGAGACCCUGAUCCUGCUGGACCGGCUGCUCUACCUGCGGGAGCAAGGUUUCCACUGUGCCCUCGUGCCCCUGUUCAACCCCAGGUUCUCCCCACGGAACCUGGUGCUGGUGGCUGCACGGACCCCGCUGGCCACAGCGCUGGCUGGGCUGGCCAGGGCCACUGAGGAUGGGCACAGCAGUGAGGAUGAGGAUGUGGAGGAAGCAGAGAGCCCCAGGGAGGGGCAGAACCACCAAUAAACCCAGGAUUUUUUACA